AUGAUGCACUGCCUGAUCAAGAUCUUGUCGUCCUUAUCCUGUGAAUAUGAUGCAGCCAAACGGCCAUUGACUGGUCUACUACCCGAACGUGGAUGGAGCUUUGUGCGGUCUCCAUCCAUUAGCGAUGGUGUAUACGCAUUCGCAGGUGGCUUCGGAGAAGAGGUGCAGGUGGUCCUUCCAGCGAAUACGAUAUCAGUGUAUUAUCUUACCUUCAAGCAGCGUGGAGGGGCGUUGUAUGUUGCGUGCCUUGACAAUGAAGGUGCCGGCACGCGGUUCAUGGGGGUAGAUGUCCACCAACCGAACGUGGAUGACGAUCAGGUUCUGAGUGUUUUGUUAUGCUUCGCAAAUCUUAGUCCCACAAUCCGUCACACACUGACUGUGGUUAACCUUCAAAAUUUGGACUUUGAAGGCAUCAGUCAGAUUACGUUCUACUCGCUCAUCGUUACGGUGUUGGACGAUGUCGGUACUUCAUCAAUUGCUUCAAUAAGGUUGACCUCUGUACCUGCAAGCACUUCCUCUGUCGGCACAACGGGAACGUCAAUGGCUCCAACUUCUACAGUUCUCGGACCCAGGAAUUCCGCACCCACGAGUUCAGGAGCGUCUACAGGUCCCCACACUAGUGUACUUGUAAGCGGUACCUCAUCGCCGUCGGCUUCUGGUACUGCAAGCUGUGCACCGUCUCUGAGUCCGAGCAGUGCCAGCGCAACCCUUGGCUCGGCGCAACCCAUUAGCUCUGGCAUUACGAGUUCCCUCCCGUUGUCCACGACCGCUCCCACUAGCUGGUCGGGUACGGGCACAGUGUUCGGUCCCACUUCAAGGUCGCGCAAUUCGUCAAGUAGAUCUACUGCACCCUGUGAACCCACGUCUUCUGCUUCGAUUGCAAGUGGGAUUCCACGGAGCACAGUGAGCGGCAUGAGCUUGAGUGGGACGUUGAGUUCCGUUCAACCCACUGGUUCAGCAUCGGCCACUUCUGUCUCUUCUUCCGGCGCAUCUGUCACUCCUCAAGCAACCUCCUCCAGUUCUGUUCCUGUGUCAAUUUCCGUUCCUGCGUCGACAUCGAGUGGAGCGCCAACUUUGAACCCCUGUGCAAGUCUGAGUUUGAGUCGAGUCAGCUCGAGUCCUGCAGCGGGUUCGUAUCCUGUGUCAAGAACAGGUGCAGCGUCGCUUUCUUCUGCACCCGUGACUUCCGCGGAAUGUUCAACUGUGUCAUCGUCUUGGCAAGCUGCCUCAUCUUCUAAACCAGGAUUGACGAUUUCAUCCCCAUCCCCAUUUACCGCGUCCUUCAUAUCAUCCCCGGGCAUUUCAAGUUCACCGAUAAUCAGCUCCUCGUUCAAUAUCACUCGAGCGCCACCCGUAUCUUCCCUGUCGUCUGCACCAAGAACCCCACCUCCAGCAUCCUCGUCGUCACCUUCUCCUACCGCAACUCCUACGUCGGGUCUAUCCACCCCCUUGGUUGUAGUCGUUUCCGUCCUCUCCGGGUUCGCCGUGCUGUCACUCCUGUUCGGUGUCGUCGUACUUCUGUUGCGCGCUCGGAGGCGACAGAUGCGUGCAGAUAUUGAGAGUCCGAGAGGUCUCGGACUGAUUAAAGAAGUAAGCGCGCCAUAUGUCGUCGCUGAUCCCAUGCCGUCUCGCCCUCGCAAUCCGUACGAGGACAGUGUGGCGCCUACGAUACCAUUAGAUUAUCCAGGCAGCCACCUUCCGCCGCAAUCUCCACCUCCUGUACCUCCGAGAAGUCCGUUGCAGCAAACCUGGACAGGGGGCAGGACCUCUGUGUGGGUGGCUGGGAUACCACGGACAGCGCCGCCCUAG